AUGGACUUGUACAAACAAUUGGUAUUUUAUUCACAUUUGUUUGAUUAUGAAAAGUCAAAAAAAUCAAAUCCAACCUUAAACUUUGAUGAAACUAGCAAGAAAAAAUUUGAAAAAUUAAGAAAUGUAGUUGAUGGAUAUAUAGAUCUUAGGGGCUUAUUUAGGAUGUAG